UUUGAGGGAGAGAUGCGGGUAUCUUUUUUUUCUUCUUUCUGCCUUUCCUCGGAUCACUCCCUCUUUUUCACGGUGGGAUUUAAUCGGGAACAGCUGUUGCUCAUGUUUCUCCGUCAGAACGCGAUCAACCGUCGUGUGACACGUGCGUCGCUCCCGCUCACAUCAACGUGACCGAACGUAUUGCGUUUGUUCUGUGUUCGCAUUGAGAUAUCAAUAUUUGCACGCUACGACGAGACUCAGCAACAGAGAGAAAGAGAGACGACGAUUCUGGAAAAAACUGCCAAUUGUGUUUUACCUGUGUUGCGCACAAGUAACGAAACGCACACGAGGAAAAGAAGAAGACAGGAAGAAGCUCCGUCGCAGUGGCCGCGAUUCCUCGCGCGGUUUGUUUUCUCGUCGCGAGAGUUUUGUUUACAUCGCGCGACAAGACCUUCGUAAAGUAACGUGACGCACAACGAUUACUUAUCGUUCGUCGCAGAUACACGAACGGUAAACUCUUUUUUCUAUCCUAAAGAGAUUUCUCUUGAAGAGACACAAUUCUUUCGUGAAAUACGUGGCGUGUUGUCCGGAGCAAACAGAAUCAUGAAUCUGUCAUUUGCCGGUUGCGGUUUUCUCGGUAUCUAUCACGUCGGCGUGGCCUGCUGCUUCAAAAAGUACGCACCGCACUUGCUAUUGAACAAGAUAAGUGGUGCGUCCGCGGGUGCUAUCGCUGCUUGCUGCCUGCUCUGCGAUCUCCCUCUCGGGGAGAUGACGAGCAAUGUAUUACACGUGGCACGCAAAGCACGACAGCACGCACUCGGACCGUUCAGUCCAUCUUUCAAUGUGCAAGAUAUGCUACUGGAGAGCUUGCGAAAGUUUUUACCGGAUGAUGCUCAUUUGCGUGUAAACGGGAAAUUGCAUGUAUCCAUGACAAGAGUGUACGAUGGCAAAAACGUAAUUGUCUCUCAGUUUAAUUCAAAAGAAGACUUACUGCAAGCUCUACUGGCUACUUCAUUCAUACCUUUGUUCAGUGGUUUGUUGCCACCACGAUUUCACGGUGUCAGAUAUAUGGACGGAGGUUUUAGUGAUAAUCUUCCCACCCUCGACGAAAAUACGAUAACUAUUAGUCCGUUCUGCGGAGAGAGCGAUAUCUGCCCGAGAGAUCCUUCGUCUCAACUCUUUCAUGUCAAUGUAAGUAACACAAGCAUCGAACUUUCCAAAGAAAACAUAUACAGGUUCGCAAGAAUAAUUUUUCCGCCAAGAGUAGAGACUCUUUCGAAUAUGUGCAAGCAGGGAUUCGACGACGCGUUGAGAUUUUUACACCGUAACAAUUUGUUAAAUUGUACCAGAUGUCUCGCGGUACAAUCAACAUUUACAGUUCAGGAAACGAUCGACGAUAGCAUGGAAUACGAUCCGGAAUGCGUGGAAUGUAAAAUGCAUAGACAGGAAGCAUUGGUGUCGAAAAUGCCCGAAACCAUUAUGACAAUAUUCCAAGAUGCUAUAGAUUCCGCCAACAAAGGUCUCGUCAAUUGGCUAUUCAAACACCGUAGUAUAAGAUUGCUGUCAUUGUUGAGUCUUCCCUAUACGCUAUCAGCAGACGUAAUGUGCGCUACUGUCACAAAUUUGAUUGGUAACAAGAUAGAAACUCGCAACUUGGAAUACAAAGUAAUCGGAAAUAUUCUUCAUACUCCGCGACAGAGGCUUACAUGCACUAACCAUUUAAGAUCCUCCCGAGUCUUCUUAAACGUUCCGAAGCUAAGAAGUCAGUUAAUGGAAAUAACUAAAUAUUUCUUAGAGCAAUUGAGUAUAAUGUUCCCGAAUAUAUAUGUUCAGCCAUUCUCUCAAACUAUCAAGUGUCAGUUUAACAUUAUGGAAUAUGGUUCAAAAUACGAUGUGGAAGAUGUAGACGAGAAAAAAGAUGCUGUGUAUACAAAACAAAAAAAUCUGAAUCUAACUGUCCAAUACAACGAUCGAAGACAAUCAUGGAUGAACUCAAGGCAAUCAAGUUGUGUAAUAAAUAUGGGUGAUUUUUCAACAGUGGACGACACUUUUGAAAGUAUUCUCCAGGCAACCUCGGAUCAAGAGGCUGUGAUAUCAUAUUAUUACAUGGAUGAUAACAACAAGGUACAAGUAACAGAAAUCUUUGAUGUAACUGAUACGGAAUCGCAUACCAUGCUCUCCAUGGACGAAGUCGAUACCAAUAAACAACUUCAGUUCGAUGAUUGGGAUGAACCGACGUGGUUAUCGCAACAUACGUUUAAUGAUCCAUUUACAGAUUCUCUUUACGCUACUGGUGAUCAACAUAGCGUCGAGAAUUUAUCGGAUGCAUCACUAGAUGAGAUACUGGAUAGCGCAAAUAUAUUUUCCGAUCCAGAAAGUGAGUGGGAAGUGGACAAGAACCAAGAAGAGAUAGAAGAACCCAAGUCUCCAGACAGUCGACCAGAAGUAGAUCAACCAUCUACAAAUUUAGUACAACAACAAUUGUAACAGUUUAUCUUUACGUAUGCAAUUGACAAUGUAGCUUUUGUUUUUCUUUUUUUUACUCAUGUAAUGUGAGAAUAUUAUAUGCGCUAUUGAUUUGGUGACAACUGCAUAAAAUGAGAUACUUAAAACAGUACACUUGAAUAUUUAUCUCACGAAACAUAUAGAAAGUGUAAAAACAGUGCUUAAAUUUUAAAAGCGAAAAUAGAUGAAAGAUAAGUUUUGUCUAUUGAUUUUUGAGUUUUUAUAAUAGUUUUUAUAAUAAUUUUUCUCAAAAAGCUUAGAACGUAAGA